CAGCAGCAGCACCACCUUCACCUUCAUCAUCUCCCGCGGCGACGGCGGCGGAGGCGGAGAAUCGGUGGCAGCAUCAUCGGCAGCAGCGUUAAAACUAGCACCAUCAGCAUCAUCAGCAGUGUCAUCGGCAGCAGCAGCAUCAUCAUCAGCAGUAUCAUCAUCAUCAGCAGUAUCGGCAUCAGCAGGACUGGCGCUCCUGGCAGAAGUCGUUUGGGCGGCAGUGCUGGCUGGCAGCGCGAGGCAUCGGCAGUCGACACCACCACCAACACCGCCACCAACGCCAACUCCAAGGGCAGCAGCAGCAGCGGUGCAGCAAUGAGCAGCUGCAGGUACAACGGGGGUGUCAUGAGGCCCAUGUGCAACUCCAGCGUGGCGAGGAAGGGCGAGUGUCUGAACCAGGAUCCAGAAGCGCAGAGACUCCAGCCAGAACUCGUGGCUUCUCAGUCGCCGGUGGUGUCGAGUGGUGACUCGGGUGGUGGUGGUGGUGGAACAGCAGCAGCGGCCGUGGGUGGCAGGAUCGAGCAGACGAACCCCAUUCGCCCACCAGCAGCAGCAGCGGCGGCGGCUACCGGGCCCUCCUCGAGGUCCGUGUCGAUCUCGAAGGAGGAGAAACCCAAAAAACACAACAUCGGCUACCGCCUGGGACUCCGGCGGGCGCUCUUCGAGAAGCGGAAACGGCUGAGCGACUACGCGCUCAUCUUUGGCAUGUUCGGCAUCGUGGUGAUGGUGAUCGAGACGGAGCUGUCGUGGGGGGUCUACACCAAGACGUCGAACAUCUCCCUGGCGCUCAAGUGCCUCAUCAGCCUCUCCACCCUCAUCCUGCUCGGACUCAUCGUGGUCUACCACGCGCGCGAGAUACAGCUCUUCAUGGUGGACAACGGCGCGGACGACUGGCGCAUCGCCAUGACGUGGGAGCGCAUCUUCUUCAUCGCCCUCGAGCUGUCGAUCUGCGCGGUGCACCCCGUGCCGGGCCACUACACGUUCACGUGGCGCGCCCGGCUCGCCUUCACGCACGACGCCUCGCAGGUGGAGGCCGACGUCGACAUCGUCCUCUCCAUCCCCAUGUUCCUGCGCCUCUACCUGAUCGCGCGCGUCAUGCUGCUGCACAGCAAGCUGUUCACGGACGCGUCGUCGCGAAGCAUCGGCGCCCUCAACAAGAUCAACUUCAACACGCGCUUCGUCAUGAAGACGCUCAUGACCAUCUGCCCCGGCACCGUGCUGCUCGUCUUCAGCAUCUCGCUGUGGAUCAUCGCCGCGUGGACGGUGCGCGCGUGCGAGAGGUGA